AGAUGUCAGUUUUGCCUAAGUUUAGUGUAGUCUGUCCAAAACAAGUCUGUCCUAGAUAGAGCAAAGCAAUCACAAUUUGCCAAGAAUUUGCAAAAGAUUUUAGCAAUGGCUGCAAAUGUCCCAAAGGUUACAAUAAGCAAUGGCAGCCAAACUAUGCCACUGCCAGUAAUUGGGCUGGGUACAGCAACACAACCCCAAGUGGCAGAGACUACAAAAUCUGCCGUUCUUGAUGCAAUCGGAAUCGGUUAUCGCCACUUUGACACAGCCUUUAUAUAUGGGUCGGAGCAACCACUUGGAGAAGCAAUUGCUGAGGCCAUCAAAACAGGCCUUAUCAAAUCCAGAGAUGAACUCUUCAUCACUUCCAAGCUAUGGUGCACCUUUGCCAGUCCAGAACUUGUCUUGCCCGCAAUUAAGACAAGUCUCAAGAAUCUUCAACUGGACUAUCUUGAUCUUUUUUUGGUUCACUGGCCAUUGAAGAUUAGUGGGGAGGUAAAACGACUCCCAAUUCCUAAAGAAACUAUAUUUCCCAUUGAUAUCAAGGCAGUUUGGGAAGUUAUGGAAGAGUGUCAAAAUCUUGGCCUAACCAAAGCCAUUGGUGUAAGCAACUUCUCGACCAGGAGGCUUGAUGAACUCCUUUCCUUUGCCAAAAUCCCUCCAUCAGUCAACCAAGUGGAGAUGAAUCCACUUUGGCAGCAAAAGGAUCUGAGGGAGUUUUGCAAGGCAAAGGGUAUUCAUAUUACUGCCUACUCGCCACUGGGUUCGAGAGGCGCAAAAUGGGGAGACAGCGAAAGCCUUGAGUACAAAGUGCUAGAAGAGAUUGCCAAGGCUAAAGGGAAAACUGCUGCCCAGGUUUCUCUAAGAUGGGUGUAUGAGCAAGGGGUGAGUUUUGUACCAAAGAGCUUCAACAAGGAUAGGUUGAAGCAGAACCUUGAUAUCUUCGAUUGGUCACUAACAGAGGAGGAGCUAAACAAGAUCAGUAAGCUUCCACAGCGCAGAGGGAUUCUCCCUAGCAUGAUGAUGGAACCGAGUGACCUAGUGAGGGAGAUUGAAGCAGAAAUAUAAUUUGUUGUAAUAAUAAUAAUAAAAAUAAUAAUAAUAAUAAUAAUCUCUUGUAUGAUAGACAAAGGACCUUAGGCAUGCCAAAAGUAAACGAGUCAUUUGUCUUUCAUUCGAGCUAUGGAUUUUACUACUUAUGGGAUAAGGCUAUUUAUAUAUGAAAGGGGAUAAUAAAAAAACAACCAAUUCUUACAACUGUC